AUGUCAUCUUCUAAUCCACCUCGUCGCGACCCUCUACCUAGGAGUUCGUCAUUCACCAACAUCAUGACGUUACCUUCGCUGGACAGGUACUCUGAAGAUUGGGCAGGGGCAUUGACAUUGCUGGAUGUGAUCGAAACAUUCUUUGACUCCCGACUGGACCUGUUCAACAGACGCAUCAAAGCGCAAUCAUCAAAACUCAAAUCACGAGCUGUCGAAUUACUUCCCAAAGGCUUGAGAACACCAGGUGGAGGAGGAAGUACGAUCUUAUAUGUGGAUGAGGAAGAAGAUGAUGAAAGAGAAGAAGGGAAAGAUCGAGAGAGGGAUAGUGUAGGUGAGAAAUAUAGGAGGGAGGUGGAAAGGGAGGUAGAGAGGAUAAAAGUCAAGUUGGCAGCAAAAGUCACACACUUGUCAAGCUCUUGGAGGUCCGCUCAAGUAGUCAGAACGAAAGAUAAGAUAUCCUUCUUAUUCGGCGUGAUGAGUUUAGCAUUCACUUGUCUAUUAUACGGAAUGAGACCCGAUUAUAUGCCUUUGGCCUAUACUGUCCAGAGCGCUUUAUACCUACCAUUGAGAUUUUACACAUAUAAGAGGAAAGCAUGGCAUUACUUCCUAUUUGGUAAUCUAUGUUACUUUGUCAACGUCCUUGAUCUUCUUUGGAUCUGGGUAUUCCCCUCCUCGACAACCUUGUUCAUCUGUUGUUACCUCUUGACAUUAGGCCCAAUCGCAAGCGCUAUCAUAACAUGGCGAAAUUCCCUCGUAUUCCAUUCGCUGGACAAGAUCAUAUCUAUAUUCAUCCAUAUCUACCCUCCUAUCGUCCUGAGCGUUAUUAGACACAAUUAUCUAAAUGCCGAGGAGAGGUAUCCAGGGUUGAAAGAUGUAGAUAAUUAUAAAUGGUACACUAUGAUUUUACUUAGUGGGGUACCAUAUAUACUCUGGCAAGCGACAUAUUACAAAUUCAUCUCGUUAGAUAGGAAAAGUAAGAUUGAAUCAGGACAAAGACAAAACUCAUUCCAAUACUUGUUGAACGAUAAACGCGGUCCCAUCGGAAAAGCACUGAGGGGUAUAAGACCCGAACAUAGGGAACUAUGGUUUAUUUUCUGUCAACUGAUCUACAGUAUCAUCUUCAUGAUUCCACCUGCUACCUUGUUCAUCCACAGCUCAAGAGCAAGUUCGGCUUUCUUGAUUAUCAUCUUCGCUGUGUCAGCAUGGAACGGAGCGAGUUUCUAUGUCGAGGUAUUUGGACGAAAGUUCGAGAGGGAAUUAGAGAAACUACGAAAAGAGAUGGAACUGGCUUCCGCAACAGGAACCAGUACAUCUUCAAUCGCGUCGAAUUCUACUCCACACUCACCAUCGACUUUCACAGAAGGCGAGCUUGAACCCGAUUCUGGAGAGGGACAGAGACACUCGAAUUCUUCCAGUGGAAGUUCGACAGAAAGUGUAUAUGAAUCUGAUCAAGGUAAACCAGCCAAAGGCUUGGAUGAUAGUCCGUUAAUCCUUCCUUCCACAGCUACGCAGCAGGCAAGGGAGAUGGAAGUAUCGGAAUAUACACUCGAUAAGGCCGUGGAGGAGGUGAAUAGAGGUGAGCAAGAAGGCAAGAAAGAUAUAUAG